AUGUUCUUCUUCCUCAUGUCUUUGGGCCUGACGUUCGUGGCCAGCGGCGAUUCGCACCAGGGCCACAACAACGUGCAGAUCGAGGAGCCUGUGCGAUACCAUCAGAACGCCACACCCACGGGUGGGCUGUCUCCCAUCGGUCACCAUAAUGACGGACCUGCUUCCAAGGUGUAA